AUGGUAGAAAAACGUUGUAGACGCAGUUCCAGUAGUGGCUCAGAGGUCAGUGUUCCACCUGAUGUCGAUAACCCGCCCCUUUCUAUCCCUUUGAAAACUCUAUCAGAGAGGUAUCAACUGAUCGAAAAAUUGGGUGCAGGAUCAUUUGGUUGUGUGACCUUGGCUAAAGCACAAUUUCCUCUGUCGAAUAUAUUGAGUAAGCAACAACAAGACAUGAGGGGCACCCUAAUGGAUCAGCCCAGAAAUGGUCACCAGAACUAUAUAACAAAAACUCAGGGUGUUGUAGCUAUAAAGACAAUGAUGACAAAACUGCACACACUUCAGGAUUAUACGAGGGUCAGAGAAAUUAAAUUCAUACUGGCUAUCCCAGCAAAUAAUCAUCUGAUACAAAUUUUUGAAGUCUUCAUUGAUUCCGAGAAUUUUCAAUUACACAUCGUAAUGGAAUGUAUGGAGCAAAACUUAUACCAAAUGAUGAAACAUAGAAGGCGCCGAGUUUUCUCCAUCCCUUCCUUGAAAUCUAUUCUAUCGCAAAUACUGGCUGGGUUGAAGCACAUACAUCAGCACAAUUUCUUCCAUAGAGAUCUGAAGCCUGAAAAUAUUCUAAUCACACCAAGUACUCAGUAUUUUGAAAAGGAGUAUAUGAAUCAGAUUGGUUAUCAAGACAAUUAUGUUAUCAAGUUGGCAGAUUUCGGCUUGGCGCGCCAUGUUGAAAACAAGAACCCAUAUACCGCCUACGUUUCCACAAGGUGGUAUAGAUCUCCUGAAAUACUGUUAAGAAGUGGGUAUUAUUCCAAACCUUUGGAUAUCUGGGCAUUUGGGUGUGUUGCAGUGGAAGUUACUGUAUUUAGAGCUCUUUUCCCCGGCGCUAAUGAAAUCGAUCAGAUAUGGAAAAUACUAGAAGUUCUUGGUACGCCUAUUAAGCAUUCUGAAUUUAUUAAUACAAAUCACAUAGUUACUCCACCACCUGGUGGAUUUUGGGAUGAUGCCAGUAACUUGGUCCAUAAAUUAAACUUGAAAUUACCUUAUGUGGAGGGAUCUUCGUUGGACCAUUUGCUUUCCAGUUCUCAAUUAUCUGAUUUGUCCGAUGUCGUGAAAAAGUGUUUAAGAUGGGACCCUAAUGAAAGGGCUACAGCUCAAGAGCUUUGUGAAAUGCCAUUUUUCGAAAACACCGUGGCAUCUCAAGUGGACACGAGGGCUGACGUAACCAAUACUGAGCAGGCUUUAAUUUUUGCAGGCAUAAACCCAGUGGCGGCGAAUACAAAGCAAAUAUAUUUCAACUCCUCAACGAAACUGGCUGCUGAAACAGAGUCUAAUGGUAUUGGUAUCGGGAAUAAGGAGCAUAACACUCAUACUAUAUGCUCACCAACGGUGAAUCAAGAAAAAUUAACUUUGGUAGAAUUUUUAAACGAGUUCGUUGAAGAAGAUAAUGAUGAUCAUUCAAUACCUGACGUUAGUACAGAUUCCACUAUCUCAGAUUCUAUGGACGAGACCGAACUAUCGAAAGAAAUUCGUAAUAACUUAGCCCUUUGUCAACUACCGGAAGAAGAAGUCUUGGACCAUUCAUUAUCAAAUAUUAGACAGCUGACAAAUGAUAUUGAAAUUAUAAACAAAGAUGAAGCAGACAACAUGGAACAGUUAUUUUUUGACUUGGAGAUUCCUGAAAAGGAUGAAUUUCGGAAAAAGCAGCCAUUCAAUGAACCUGAAGAUAUUGAUGAAGACAUCGUCCUUCCAUAUGUGAACAACUCAAAUUAUACUCAUACAGAUAGGUCUUAUCAUAAAGGUAAUAAUUUUUUGGGUGAUGCCUCUUUAAGCGAUUCAUUUAAUUCAAUGCCUGAUUUUACUCCAAGAAAUUUCUUGAUACCUACAUUAAACAAAUCACAAGAAAAGUUCGAGACUCAUCUAUCUAAUCCAAAUCAACAUUUUGGGAAUAUAACCUUUUAA